UAAACAUCAAUGGACAAACCAUAGCAAUAGGCGACCAAGAGGCAUUCAGCAGUGGCAAAGGAGGAAUUGAUUUCCGCCCCACAUCCCCUGGACAAAAUGAUAUGCAUUCUCAAUCCCGGAGCCGUAGAAGCUGGAUCUGGAACCAGUUCUUUGUGAUCGAGGAAUAUAGUGGACCAGAGCCAGUGUUGAUUGGACGACUGCAUUCAAGUGUGGACAAGGGUGAUGGCCGAACCAAAUACAUUUUAAAAGGUGAAGGGGCGGGCUCUGUGUUUGUCAUCGACAGCAGAACGGGAAAUAUUCAUGUCACCAAACCCCUCGACCGGGAGGAGAAAGACCAGUAUCGUCUUAUCGCCACAGCAACUGACAGACAGACGGGCCGAGCCCUGGAGCCUUCCUCCCAGUUCAUCAUCCAUGUACAAGACAUCAACGAUAACUCACCUGUGUUCCAGAGUGGCCCGUACAGUGCCACUGUGCCUGAAAUGGCCAACAUCGGCACAUCGGUUAUUCAAGUGACAGCCACAGAUGCUGAUGACCCAACCUAUGGGCACAGUGCCAAACUUGUAUAUUCAGUGAUUCAAGGCCAGCAGUACUUCACAGUGGACCCACAGUCAGGCAUAGUGCACACAGCAGUACCUGAUAUGGACAGAGAGACUCAAGCGCAGUAUCUGGUAGUGCUGCAGGCCAGAGACAUGGGCGGCCAUCAAGGGGGUCUGACAGGAACCACUACCAUCACCGUACAUCUCAGUGAUGUCAAUGACAACCCACCUCGCUUCACUCAAAGCAUGUGGUCAUUCUCUGUGUCUGAACUGGCCAUUCCUGGUGUGGAGAUUGGUCGUCUCUCGGCAACAGAUGCAGAUCUGGGAGAAAAUGCUUGGAUGGUCUUUACGAUCGUGGAUGGAGAGGCAGGGGACACGUUCAACAUAACCGGACUUAACCAAGAGGCUGUGAUUUUGUUAAACAAGGCUGUGGACUAUGAGAGACACAGUACAUACUCUCUCGCAGUGGAGGUGCAGAAUCCAAACGUGGACUCACGGUUUCUCAGGCGGGGUCCGUUUAAGGAUCGCACUAUGGUGCGCGUCACGGUUCUCAAUGCAGAUGAGCCACCGCGGUUCUCCCGCUCUCGGUACCGCCUGGAUGUGUCGGAAAACUGCCCUCCGGCAUGUGUGGUGGGGAGAGUGGCCGCUGUGGACCCGGAUACUGGCCUCAGUAACAAUAUAAAGUACUCAAUUGAUCCUGAGUCAGACCCUGAAGCGCUGUUCCACAUCGCCUCUGACAACGGUCUCAUUACCACGGCGAUGGAAUUGGAUCGGGAACAGGAGCAAUGGCAUAAUAUCACUGUCAUCGCUACACAGAGAGACAGCCCCAACCAAGUAACCAGGGUAGCAGUUGCCAUAGAGACACUGGACCUCAAUGACAACGCCCCCGAACUGGACCGUCAAUACAGCACCGCUGUGUGUGACUCCAGCACUGCCGGACAGGUGGUGCAGGUAAUCCGGGCGAUAGAUAAAGACCAGAGCAUCUCUCCAAUCCACUUCAGUAUUCCGCCGGAGACCAGCAGCUCCAUCAACUUCUCCAUCAGAGAGAGGGGAGACCACACAGCGAGUCUGCUGCUCUUGACAUCCCUGAAGGCUCUUCCUCGCUCUUCGUCUUUACUAACUCUAAAAAUACCAGUAAAACUUUGUGACGAUGAAUCAGAUCUCAGCAGCACGGGAACAGUUACCGUUACGCUGUGUCCGUGCCAGAAAGGAGGGAUGUGGGCAGAAGAACGAAAGCAACAAACGGACGACAUGGAACCAUCAUCACCGGAAUGGGAAAGGCAGGCGGUGUGCUUGCCUUUACCGUCAAACUCUCCGCUGUUGGGAGUCAGCACAGCCGCCAUGUUGGCGAUACUGGCGUGUGCUUCGACUUUUCUGGUGGUGGUGGCGCUCUCGCUAUCGUUGCGCAGGCAGAAACGGGACACUCAGUCUCCAGUGGAAGACGAUGAGAUCCGGGAAAACAUCAUUACGUAUGACGACGAGGGAGGCGGGGAAGCUGACACAGCCGCGUUUGAUAUUGUGACCCUGAAGAGCGCUCCCCAGAGCAUGAGGAGGGCACAGCGCCUUCGAGACAGCAAGAAUAUGUAUUCUCAGGACAAUCUGGACAUCAACAGAACGUUCAGCUGGAGUGAGAAUUUGGAUCCGCACCGCCCUGUUUCUGCUCCUCUCUACGGACGGUACUGCUAUAGCAUCCAAACCCUCCCCGCUCCACGAAACCGACUGGCACCGUUCAACUCCAAACUGGACCUCACCAAACUGGCGUAUGUUCUCCCCGGUAGCCACGGCCAGCCCUGCGGUCCUUUAGAGUCUGGUUCUGUUUAUAUCGGCAAGAGCAGGGAUGGAUCAGAUCAAGGGCUCGACGAAAUCACCAAUAGUAUUCCGAAAGAGAGUGAGACAGGAAGUGAGGUCAUCUCAGAGAGCCACACACUGAGCCAGGACCAGGGUUCCAGUCAGUGCGGUUCUUCCUCAGAGACCUCCAGCAGUUUUGUGGGGCAUAAAACGGGGUCGUCGCCUCAUUGCUCGACCACCCGAGCCUCCAUUUCAACCAUCACCAAUGACGACUCCACCCCUUCGGUUCUGGACAAAAACACCACCCAAACCACCUCAGGCCACUGCAAACAGGAAAUGCCAUUCAGAACAAUGGAAGGGACCUUGCUGAGAGGUGGCGGAGGAAUAUCUUUAGCCGGACCUGCUUUCCUCUACCCAGAAGCUGCUGGGCUAAUGGGCUUAUAUGGAGUAGGUGGGCAGGACUAUGUGCCACACCUCUUGAUGCCCCUCCCAGGAGGGGCGGGGCUGUAUGAGAAAGGUUGGAGCUUGGGAAAGGGGAAGGUUGGACAAGCGAACACUGAAAAGACAGAUGCAGAUUCUCUAACAAAUAGAAUGGCCGACUUUCUGCAACACCGUUUAGCCCUAGUGACCUUCGACCCCAUGCAGCCGCCAUACGACUCACUGCAGACGUACGGACUGGAGGGGAGCGGGUCACAGGCGACAUCUCUGAGCUCGCUCGAAAGCGAGGCGGAGAAAGACAUGGAAAAAGAUGGAUUUGAAGAAUGGGGACCCAAGUUUCAAAGGUUGCUUGAUAUUUUUAGGGAACGAGAGAACGAAAAAGAUGAUAAAGGAAAACAAGAGGAUGAGAAUUUAAAAGAAGAACACCAGUUAGAAAAACCAAACCAGGAAGAUGAAAUAAGGGAUGGAAAAGAGGCAAAGAGUGAGACAAAAAAAGACAAAUCGAGUGAAUCAAACGAGACUGGGCAGGAAGAGGAGGAAAACACAGAGGAAAAGGGGAAAAGACACUAAAGGGGAAAUAGGAACCAGAGAGAAAAAGGAAAUGUUGUGAUGUCACGCCGUGACUAUUCAAAAGCAAUAACUGCUGAAAGGAGCCAAUGAGCACAAUCCGGAGAGAGAAUUUUAUGUGGACCUGCCAAAAAUCUGUAUUAUCAGUGUUUUACAGAACCAAACAGUAUUAUGGACGUCCCUUGCUCAGUUUCACAUGCAUUCAUUUGAUGCCCAAACACACAUACGAGUGUGUGGAAUAUCUGUCAUCAGUUACUCACCAACAAAUCAAUCCAAAACCAAUUGACUUUCUUUAUUAUGUGUAACACAAAAGGAGAAAAACAAUUGUUAGUUCAUGUUAACUAAUGUUAACCUUAAUGUUAACAUGUUUAAUAAUGUGAACCUUAUUGUAAAGUGUUAUGGUGCGUUCACACACAACGCGAAGAAAAUUUUCACCUUUCGAGUUUGACCGCUGGAUUAUAAAUGAGUGUUUAAACUCACGUUUACGUGACUAACGGAAAAGGACAGGGGGAGGGGCUUCUACGACUUGGUUAAGAGUAAAGUACAACCAAUAGCUGGAAUCAAGUAGACGCGCAUAUUUUCAGGACUUACCAGGAAGUCCAGCUUCCUCGCUCACUUUCCUCCAAGCGAUGUGUUUGUUCGUGCGGUCUCUUUACGUGUAUGAUGUUGUGUCAUACACUGCCGGGUGCCCACACAUCGCUACAGCAAAUUUCAUCCAUUUUUCCAGAUUUCUUCUGCUACUACGUCAGUACGUCAGUGAUAUCCGGACAAUCUCAAUGCUGAUAGGCUUUCGCGACAACCGCGUCGAUUUUUGCUCGAGUUGAAAAAUUUCAACUCGUGUGAAUACGCGAAUGAAGCGAUUCGGGUCGCGCCAUUCGCUUCAUUCAUGUCUAUUCACAUCUUUGCGUUGACUUUGUAUGUAAUCACGCCACUCGAAACGCUUGCUUCGCGUUGUAUGUGAACGCACCAUUACCUGUACAUUUUUUUAAGAAACAUUUUUGCACCUUUUUAUGCAUUUACAAUGAAAAGAACGCAAAAGCAUAAUCUAUUAAAGUAGUCCAUACAACCUGUGUGACAUAUUCCAAGCAUACAGACCUCCCAAUUUGAUUUGUUUAGCUUCCGAUUUCCAAAUUAUUUGAUUCGAUUCUGAUUCCUUUGGGUAUAUUUAAGUUAUAAUGUCCAUUUUGCUUACAUAUAAAAUGAAAAUAUUUCCCAGCUAAUGCUGUAAAUUAAACCUGAAACUGACUAACUUGUUUAAUUACAUGGCCAAAACUAUGCAGUUCUAUUGAUAUUUAUUUAACACCAUCAAAACUGAUGGUGCGUGGUUUUGGAAUAAGGGGCGUGGCUAAUUCAACGGCUCAUUCUCGUGAAAGCUUCAGAAUGCUAAAAUCGCUUACAGCACCUUUAAGCGUAAACGUAUCAAAUUUCUCGAGCCUUGCCCAGCAUGUCCGCGUAGGAUUAGAGGUGAAGUCAGUGAGUUGGUUUGUAAACAUACCUACUGGUUUAGUGAACUGCGUCAAUCGAUUCCUUUAGAAGAUCUGAAUCAAAAGAAUGGUUCAUUCUGAAAUCAGACAUCGCUACUUCUCAUUAAAGAAGGGCAGAUGUUAAGAUUUUCAGUGAAUUACGACUUCAAUUCCUAUCUGUUGCAAACACAAAGCUAUCACAUGACUUCAGAAGACUUGGAGUAUGGUGCACAAGUAUUACUGACCACUUUUACGGUGCUUUUGUGUCCCUAUUGAAGCUUGAAAGCUCCGGUCCUCAUUCAUUGUAAUUGCAUGGAAAAGGUUGACAAUUUUAAUCAAUGAGCUGGAUGCUUGCAAUGGAGACAGCUUUGUUGAUUAUAGUGGGAGUGAUCGAGUUUUGUAGCGCCACUCACUUAGUAUAGAUUGCAAUAUAGAUUGGAUAGAAGAACGCCUACACACUAGAGUUGCGCUAUUAAAGUUUACUCCGAAACCAUUGAUUUCAAUGGGGAUGGUGCCAUCAUAAACCUGACAGACUGCAAAUGUGAAUAACAUCACUACUUUUUGUUCUAUAUUUUCCAUAAAACAUGUAUAGCUUAAAUUGUAUGUACGUGGUGAGGGAUCCACUAAAAUAGGCACUGGAUGCAAUUCCAGGGAUGUUGGAUCUGGAUUGGGUUUGUUCCAGCACAGCUUAAGCCUCGCACACACACAUUACCAUUACAAGUUACACAAGCUGUUUCCGUUGUAGUUCUCUCCUUACACUUAAGUGAAUAAUUUAUGUCAGCAUGCCAAGCCAAUGUUAUGAAACAUCUCAUUUGUGAAAUAAUGAUUUCAGCCCUGCAAGCUGCAUUGUUUGAAAAAUAGGUCUCAUGAAAUAUGUACAAUCGCUGACAAAUUCAUAUUGAUGCCUGUGUAUUAAUAAGGGAACACCUUUGUGCAUAUUUUGACUGCAAGGAACCUAAACACACGUGUAAAUAAAAAAGAAAUGAUUUUGAGCAUGGCUAACUUUUAUCCAUUUUCCAGAUCUGUUUUAGUCACUUCACAAGUCAAGAUUCUUUGCCUGGUUUAGCCUAUAACAGACCAUGAAACCAUGUCACUUGUCAGCACUUAUUUAACCCUAUUUGUACACAAGACCUAUGCAAAUGAAUCCAAAAGACAAUGAACUUAGAAACUGAUUAUAUUUCUGGUAGCACUUUACAAUAUGGUUCUAUUUGUUUACAUUAGUUCAUGCAUUAGAUACUGUAUUAUGCACCAACAAUGAAAAGCAUAAAUGAAUCUUGGUUAAUGUUAGUGUAUACAUUAUUAGUUAACAAUGCAUAUACAACUUUUAAUGUUAUAAAUAUAAGCAUUAAUUAAUAAAUGCAUUAGAAGUAUUGUUCAUUAUUAGGUCAUGUUAACUAUUGCGGUAACUAAUGUAAACCUACACAACCUUACGGUAAAGUGUUACCAUGUUUCUUUCCCCCCUGUUUUUCUGUGGUGUUUCUAGGCUAAUCUAAAUCGCCUUUUCAUGUACAGAUGUAAAUAUUGUUUACAAAGUUUUUAGACAUGGGAGUACAUUUGGUUAUGUAAAUGUUGAAUGAAUUCCUAAAGACCACGGGAGGAAGAUCCUGAGAAUUUCUAACCUGUUGUAUGAUCACAUGUGAAAUUACUUUAUGAACUGUCAGCUAAUAUUCAAUAA